UACCUGACGUUGACUUGCAGUCCUCCUCCGUCACGAUUAAGGCGUGAUGACUAUAAAACAGUCUGACGGACUCUGCUAAGUACAGAUAAAGCAUCAACGCGCUCCAGCGGAUUAAGUUAUUCGUCUUUUUGUGAUUACCUCAAUUUCUGGUACAGCCCUCAUGGCAACGUACCAGGAGUUCAUCCAGCAGAAUGAGGACAGGGACGGCGUGCGCUUCAGCUGGAAUCUGUGGCCCUCGAGUCGCCUGGAGGCCACCCGGCUGGUGGUGCCGGUCUCCUGCCUGUUCACCCCGCUGAAGGAAAGACCGGACCUGCCGCCCGUGCAGUACGAGCCCGUGCUCUGCAGCCGGGCUAACUGCAAGGCUGUGCUCAACCCGCUCUGUCAAGUCGACUUCAGAGCCAAAAUAUGGGCGUGCAACUUCUGCUUCCAGAGGAACCCUUUCCCUCCCUCCUACGCGGGCAUUUCGGACGUGAACCAGCCCGCCGAGCUCAUGCCCCAGUUCUCCACCAUCGAGUACAUCGUGCAGCACGGACCCCAGACGCCGCUGAUCUUCCUGUACGUGGUGGACACCUGCCUGGAGGAGGAGGACCUGCAGGCCCUGCGGGAGUCGCUGCAGAUGUCCCUCAGCCUGCUCCCGCCCGACGCGCUGGUGGGCCUCAUCACCUUCGGCCGCAUGGUGCAGGUGCACGAGCUCAGCUGCGAGGGCAUCGCCAAGAGCUACGUCUUCCGGGGCACCAAGGAGUUCAACGCCAAGCAGAUCCAGGAAAUGCUGGGCUUGAUGAAGCCAACGCAGCAAGGACCGCAGGGCCGCCAGCCUGUCAAUCAAGAGACUGCCGUGGCCUGCAGGUUCCUGCAGCCCGUGCACAAGGUGGACAUGAACCUGACCGACCUGCUCGGGGAGCUGCAGCGUGACCCCUGGCCCGUCCCGCAGGGCAAGAGGCCCCUCCGCUCCACCGGCAUCGCCCUGUCCAUCGCCGUGGGUCUGCUGGAGGGCACCUUCCCCAACACAGGGGCCCGUGUGAUGGUCUUCACCGGGGGCCCCCCCACCCAGGGCCCCGGCAUGGUGGUGGGGGAGGAGCUGAAGACCCCCAUCCGCUCCUGGCACGACAUCCAGAAGGACAACGCCCGUCACCUGAAGAAGGCCACCAAGUUUUACGAAGCCUUGGCUAACCGCGCCGCGGUCAACGGGCACUGCAUCGACAUCUACGCCUGCGCCCUGGACCAGACCGGCCUCCUGGAGAUGAAGUGCUGCUCCAACCUGACCGGGGGCCACAUUGUGAUGGGGGACUCCUUCAACACGUCGCUCUUCAAGCAGACCUUCCAGCGGGUCUUCAGCAAGGACUACAACGGCGAGUUCCGCAUGGCGUUCGGGGGCACCAUGGAGGUGAAGAUGUCCAGGGAGCUGAAGGUCUCUGGAGCCAUCGGGCCGUGCGUGUCUCUCAACACCAAGGGGCCCUGCGUGUCGGAGAACGAAAUGGGCAUUGGCGGGACCACGCAGUGGAAGAUCUGCGGGCUGAGCCCCACCACCACGCUGGCGCUGUACUUCGAAGUGGUCAAUCAGCACAACGCUCCCAUCCCACAGGGGGGCAGGGGGGCCAUCCAGUUUGUCACUCACUACCAACAUUCAAACACGCAGAGAAGGAUCAGGGUCACCACCGUGGCCAGGAACUGGGCCGACGCCCAGUCCCAGAUCCAGCACAUCGAGUCGUCCUUCGACCAGGAGGCGGCGGCGGUGCUGAUGGCGCGGAUGGGCGUGUUCCGGGCGGAGUCGGAGGAGGGGCCCGACGUGCUGCGCUGGCUGGACCGCCAGCUCAUCCGCCUGUGUCAGAAGUUCGGACAGUUCAAUAAGGACGAGCCCAGCUCCUUCCGGCUUUCCGAGUCCCUGUCGCUAUAUCCUCAGUUCAUGUUCCACUUGAGGAGGUCGCCGUUCCUCCAGGUGUUCAACAACAGCCCCGACGAGUCGUCCUACUACAGGCACCAUUUUGUGCGGCAGGACCUGACGCAGUCGCUCAUUAUGAUCCAGCCCAUCCUGUACUCCUACUCCUUCUACGGCCCCCCCGAGCCGGUCCUCCUGGACAGCAGCAGCAUCCUUCCUGAUCGCAUCCUGCUGAUGGACACCUUCUUCCAGCUGGUCAUCUACCACGGCGAGACCAUCGCCCAGUGGCGCAAGGCCGGGUACCAGGACAUGCCCGAGUACGAGAACUUCAAGCAGCUGCUGCAGGCGCCGCUGGACGACGCGCAGGAGCUGCUGCAGGCGCGGCACCCCAUGCCCCGCUACGUCGACACGGAGCACGGGGGCUCCCAGGCCCGCUUCCUGCUGUCCAAAGUCAACCCGUCCCAGACCCACAACAACCUGUACUCCUGGGGCCAGGAGACCGGAGCCCCUAUCCUCACGGAUGACGUCAGCCUCCAGGUGUUCAUGGAUCAUCUUAAGAAGCUGGCGGUGUCCAGCGCGGCCUGAGCUCCCAGCCCGGGGCUGCCAUGAAGGACGAGAUGGGACCAUGAAGUUUACCGUUUUUAACGCGGGGACACUUUAACAUUUCAAAUCCAAAACAUUCUU